AUAUUGAUAGUUUUUUUGUCAGAUUGUUCUCAUGCCCCAGAACUAGACUCAGACUCUUAUUUUCUUUCAGUUUAUGAGUCCAAUACUACGUCCCAGAGAAACUUGAACUCUGAAGACAAAAGAAAGAAGCUCCUGAGGAAUCUUAAAAAGGCAUAUGGUUUAGAGAAAGAAGCCUAUGAAGAAGAUAUAGAUAUUCCGAAUAAACGAAAAUACAGAGAUCGAGCAGAUUUGAGACGAAUCAAGGUUGGAAGUGACGUUCCAGUUGAAUUACCUGAUGCCCCUCCUGCAUCCGUCCACAGGCCUAUUAGCUCAGAGAACAAGGGUCGAAAAAUGCUGGAAAAAAUGGGUUGGAAGGCUGGCGAAGGCCUUGGCAAAGAAGGCUCUGGGCUCAAAGAACCGGUUAGUAUGGGAAAUAGGAGUAUGGUCCAG